GAGGUCAAAGGGCAACGAGGCUUGUCAACAAAGGAACCGUCAGCGGCUCCUUGAGGGGCUGGUGCUAUGGCAACGCCCCCGACGCCUGAGCGCUGCAGGGCUGGGGCCACGGUCCGGAGCCGGCUGCAGCGCCUUGGACAGCAGCAGCGGCCAGGCUGAGGCGGACCGUGGAAAAGAAAAUGACUUCUGCUGAGAUGCUACCAUCGAGUACCAACACUGAGAAAAUCAAAUCUGUUCAACUGCCGUCCUGUGCAAAUCCUGGCAAUCCUGUGUUUUCCUGUAUGUUGGACCCAAAGACACUCACUACCAAUAAUUUCUUGACAAACCCUCAGCUUUUACUGUUUAAAACAACUUCAAGUGAAUAUGGUGCUAUACCACCUACGUCUCAAAUGGUACCGUGUACCUACCAUCCAAAGGAUGAAACAUUUACAAAACAUUUGUUAACUUGUGGUUUGACUCAACAUAAUUAUAUAAACACUGCCAUUGACAGAAGUAGGGUAUAUGACUACCCAAAUAUGCAGCAUACUCUGUAAAAUUAUACUAUCUUACUUUUCUCACAUAUUUACUGAAAGGACUAGUCAUUUUAGCUUUGGGAAAACAAAAUGCAGGCUUCUUAUUUUUGUUGUCCAUUUUGGGAGUAAAGUGUCAAUAUAUAUUACAGUAAAACACUUUUUUACUACAAGGAUCAAAAAAGGAUUUUAAGUGAGUAUUUGUUAAUACAUUUCUGUGCAUCAACCCAUACAGGAAUAAAGUAUAUGUCUUGAAAUGAA